AUGGAAGAUCAAAUUAAUGAAACAAAAACGUUUGAGUCGGCGAAUAAAUGUGGAAAACUGCUAUCUUGGCAGUUGAAGAGAAGACAAAGAUUAAACACGGUUACAAAUUUAGAGGUUGAUGGAAGAAACAUUCAGAAUCCAGUGGACAUUAGAAAGUGUUUCCAGAGAUAUUUUAAAAAGUUAUAUACCCAAGGGCCGCAAGACGAAGUUGAGAUUAAACAAUUUUUGGCAAAAAAUGGAUUAUCUAAACUGUCACAAGAAAAUAGGACAAUCCUGAACUCUAAAAUAACACGACAGGAGAUUGAACAAGCUAUUCAGAACAUGCAACUUGGCAAAUCUCCAGGGCCAGACGGGCUGACCUCCAAGUAUUACAAGACACUAAAAGACUAUUUGAUACAACCUUUGAUGGAGGUUAGCAAUGAAAUUAUGGAGGGGAAGAGGGCACCGGAUUCGUGGAAGGAAGCGUUUAUCACAUUGAUACCAAAGUUAGAAACUGAAAAGACACAACUGAAGAACUACCGUCCCAUCUCCCUUUUAAAUGUGGAUUACAAAAUAUUUGCAGAUAUUUUGGCAAGUAGAUUUAAAAAGUUUUAA